AAGUUACGACGUUUAAAAUAGCUGCAUAUUUUGUUAUCGCAAAAUAUGCUGAUUUGAAUGCACCAUUUAUAAACAUCGUAGUUGAUUGCAAGGUUUCCAACUAGAAAUUUUUCUUUAUCGUCAUUAGUUGAAAGUUCCAAAAGUGAAACGGAAUCUCGGAAAGAAUACAGUAAUGGACCUUUUGCAAGGAGUCCAGGAUGGUUUACAGGAAAAUGGCGAUGUUCUAGAUCCAGACAUUGCGCCAGCUGUUGGAAGUGAUGUGGCCAGUUUGGAAAAACUGUUGAAAAUUGUGAAGAAGUUGAAUCUCAGUAUUGAGAACGAAGAACAGUUGAAGGAGGUUUUGAAAAAAAAGGCUGAAAGGGGUAUGCUCGGAGGUUUUAUGCCAGAAUCCCUAAAAAAUAUUGGGGAUGUGGGGAAGGAUUCCGAUGAAUAUGACGGACCUAUAAUUUUACUAUAUCUCUUGAUUUUGGUGUCCUUUGUGCUUAUAGUGUUGGCUUUCUUCGGCUAUAAACUGUACAAAUCACACGUGGAAAGGGAACGAAAAAGAGAAGAAAAACGAAGAUUAAAACAACAGAAAAAAAAGAAAUAAUCGGAUCUAGCUAAUAAGAGUUUUUAUUGAAUCCUGAUGUACCUAUAAUAUUGAGUAUGAAAAAGUUAAAAAAUUUGUCUUGUAAAAUGUGAGAAUGUUUAGUAAGAGUUGUGGGCGUAUUAUUCCUUCAUAAUGAAAUAGAUCAAUUGUUCACGAA